UCUUCAGGGCCUCCCAUGGUGGGACCCUCUGCUUCCCAGGAAUCCGUGCUAGCGGUCACUCAUGAACCUUCCACAACCAGCAUGAGGCCUAGCAUGUCUGGGCCCCAUCUGGUGAAAAAGGGAAGAGAGCACAGGAAAAUGGAUGUUCCCCGAGAUUUCGCCGUGGCCUCGCCGGCCGAGUUUGUCACUCGCUUCGGUGGCAACCGGGUCAUUGACAAGGUUCUCAUUGCCAAUAAUGGCAUUGCUGCAGUAAAAUGCAUGCGCUCUAUCCGUCGGUGGUCAUAUGAGAUGUUCCGGAACGAGAGGACCAUCCGUUUUGUCGUGAUGGUCACGCCAGAGGACCUGAAAGCAAACGCAGAAUACAUCAAAAUGGCAGACCACUAUGUUCCUGUCCCUGGAGGUCCAAACAACAAUAAUUACGCCAACGUUGAGAUGAUCGUGGAUAUUGCUAAGAGGAUUCCAGUGCAGGCAGUGUGGGCUGGAUGGGGCCACGCUUCGGAAAAUCCCAAACUUCCGGAGCUGCUCCAUAAAGCAGGAAUAUCUUUCUUAGGACCAUCUAGCAAAGCCAUGUGGGCUCUGGGAGACAAAGUGGCGUCCUCCAUUGUGGCUCAAAGCGCAGACAUACCAAUCCUUCCUUGGAGUGGAUCAGGCCUGAGGGUGGAAUGGGCGGAGGAGGACCACAGACUGGGUAACGUGAUCAGCGUACCCCCGGAGCUCUACGCACAGGGAUGCGUUCAUGACGUGGAUGAAGGGCUUGCGAGUGCAGAGAAGAUCGGCUAUCCGGUCAUGAUCAAGGCCUCAGAAGGCGGUGGCGGUAAGGGCAUCCGUAAAGUGGACUGCGCUGAGGAGUUCCCUGGCUUCUUCAGACAGGUCCAGGCGGAGGCACCUGGCUCGCCCAUCUUCAUCAUGCAGUUGGCUCAGCAUGCCCGUCACCUGGAGGUUCAGAUACUGGCAGACCAGUACGGCAACGCUAUCUCCCUGUUUGGCCGAGACUGCUCCAUCCAGAGACGCCACCAGAAGAUCAUCGAGGAGGCGCCGGCCACCAUCGCGUCCCUGUCGACGUUCGAGCAAAUGGAACGGUGUGCCGUGCGGCUAGCUAAGAUGGUUGGCUACGUCAGCGCGGGCACGGUGGAGUACCUGUUCUCAGAGGAUGGGAGCUUUCAUUUCCUGGAGCUGAACCCUCGCCUGCAGGUGGAACAUCCCUGUACAGAAAUGAUUGCCGACGUCAACCUUCCUGCCGCCCAGCUUCAGAUUGCUAUGGGCAUCCCUCUGUACAGAAUAAAGGAUAUCCGUGUUCUGUACGGAGAAACGCCGUGGGGAGACACGCCAAUAAACUUUGAGAGUCCGGAGUGUAACCCCUGUCCACGCGGACAUGUCAUCGCUGCUCGGAUCACCAGCGAAAACCCGGAUGAGGGUUUUAAGCCGAGCUCGGGUACAGUCCAGGAGCUGAACUUCCGCAGCAGUAAGAACGUCUGGGGUUACUUCAGUGUCGGGGCGACAGGUGGCCUGCACGAGUUUGCAGACUCACAAUUCGGACACUGCUUCUCCUGGGGUGAAAAUCGAGAAGAGGCGAUUUCAAACAUGGUCGUUGCCAUGAAGGAGCUGUCUAUUCGUGGAGACUUCAGGACAACGGUUGAAUACCUCAUCAAGUUGCUGGAGACAGAGAGCUUCAGGAACAACGACAUUGACACAGGGUGGUUAGACCACCUCAUUGCGGAAAAAGUACAGGCGGAGAGGCCAGAUACGAUGUUGGGGGUUGUAUGUGGGGCGCUUCAUGUGGCUGAUUCGAAUUUCAGAAAGAGCAUGUCAGACUUCCUGCACUCUCUGGAGAGGGGCCAGGUUCUACCUGCAGCCAGCCUACUGAACACGGUAGAGGCUGAUCUCAUCUACGAAGGGGUCAAAUACUCUCUUAAGGUGGCGCGCCAGUCUUCAACCACCUACGUCAUCAUCAUGAACGGUUCAGACAUCGAGAUCGACGUUCACAGCCUGAGCGACGGGGGACUGCUCCUGUCCUACAGCGGAAGCAGCUACACUACAUACAUGAAAGAGGAAAUCGACAGCUACCGCAUCACAGUGGGCAACAAGACAUGUGUGUUUGAGAAGGAGCGAGACCCCACGGUUCUCAGGUCACCCUCUGCUGGAAAACUGCUGCAGUACAUUGUGGAGGAUGGAGGACACGUCCCUGCGGGCCAUCCGUACGCAGAGAUAGAGGUGAUGAAGAUGGUAAUGACACUGACCGCUCAGGAAUCUGGCUGUGUGCACUUUGUAAAGAGGCCAGGAGCAGUUCUGGAACCGGGCUGCAUUGUGGCUCGGAUGGAACUGGAUGAUCCCAGCAGUAUUCGUCCGGUUGAGCUGAACACACAGGCUCUCCCACCCCAGGAACCCUUACCCAUCAUUGGGGAGAAGCUGCAUCAGGUGUUCCACAGUGUCCUGGAGAACCUGUACAGGGUCAUGGAUGGCUACUGCCUUCCUGAGCCUUACUUCAGUGAUAAGGUGAAGAAGUGGGUGGGAACACUAAUGAAGACCUUACGUGACCCCUCCCUCCCCCUGCUGGAGCUGCAAGAGAUCAUGACCAGCGUGUCCGGACGCAUCCCCGUUACCGUGGAGAAGGCCAUCCGCAAAGUCAUGGCCCAGUAUGCCAGUAACAUCACCUCUGUCCUCUGCCAGUUCCCCAGUCAGAGGAUAGCAAACAUACUGGACAGUCAUGCAGCCACUCUCCAGAGGAAGUCUGACCGCGAGGUCUUUUUUAUGAACACGCAGAGCAUUGUACAGCUGGUGCAGAGGUACCGUAGUGGCAUUAGAGGUUAUAUGAAAACUGUUGUUUUGGACCUGCUGAAGCGCUACCUCCAAGUUGAAAUGCAGUUUCAACAAGCCCACUACGACAAAUGUGUGAUCAACCUGAGAGAGCAGUAUAAGCCAGACAUGACUCCUGUGCUGGAGUGUAUAUUCUCCCAUGCUCAGGUCUCCAAGAAGAACAUCCUGGUCACCAUGCUCAUAGAUCAGUUAUGUGGGAGAGAUCCGACUCUCGCCGAUGAGCUGAUGACCAUUCUGAACGAGCUCACUCAACUCAGCAAAGUGGAGAACUCCAAAGUGGCCCUGCGUGCCCGACAGGUUUUGAUCGCCUCCCAUCUGCCAUCCUAUGAACUCAGGCACAAUCAGGUGGAAUCUAUUUUUCUAUCAGCUAUUGACAUGUAUGGGCACCAGUUCUGCCCGGAGAACCUCAAGAAACUCAUCCUCUCUGAAACUUCCAUCUUUGACGUUUUACCCAAUUUCUUCUACCACAACAACCGGGUGGUGUGUAUGGCUGCUUUAGAGGUGUAUGUGCGGAGGGCCUACAUAGCGUAUGAGCUCAACAGCCUCCAACACCACCAGCUGCUGGACGGAACGUGCGCCGUGGACUUCCAGUUCAUGUUACCCUCGUCCCACCCCAACAGAGGGAGCAGUCCUACUCUGAACAGGGUCUCUGUGGCAGUGAGCAGCUCGACGCAGUUUGAGAUGAAGCGACAGGGCAGUGAACUUUUCUUAGAGGGGGCGCUGUCUCCUCCCUGUCAGAGGAUGGGCGCCAUGGUGGCCUUCCAGUGCUUUGAGGACUUUAAGAGGUCUUUUGACGAGGUCAUCUCCUGCUUUGCCGAUCCUUUGAUGGAGAGCCCUCUGUUCUCUGAGGCGUGUUCCAGUCUGUAUGAUGAGGAGAACAGUAAGAACAUGAGAGAAAAUCCAAUACAUAUUUUAAAUGUGUCAAUCAAAUCUGCUGACACAGAGGACGAUGAUGCCCUGGUCACUGCCUUUAGCACUUUUGCCCAAUCCAAGAAAGACCUGCUCUAUGAAUAUGGGAUCAGAAGAAUCACGUUUCUGAUCGCACAAAAGAGAGAAUUUCCCAAGUUCUUCACAUUCAGAGCUAGAGAUAAGUUUCAAGAGGACCGAAUCUACCGUAAUUUGGAGCCUGCGCUGGCCUUCCAGCUGGAGCUCAACCGCAUGCGUAACUUUGACCUGACAGCUGUACCUUGUGCCAAUCAUAAAAUGCACCUGUACCUGGGAGCAGCUCGGGUGAAGGAGGGGGCAGAGGUCACCGACUACCGAUUCUUCAUGCGAGCCAUAAUCCGCCACUCUGACCUGAUCACGAAGGAGGCCUCCUUUGAGUACCUGCAGAAUGAAGGAGAGAGAUUGCUAUUAGAGGCCAUGGAUGAACUGGAGGUUGCCUUCAGCAACACCACAGUACGCACUGACUGCAACCACAUCUUCCUCAACUUCGUCCCUACCGUUAUCAUGGAUCCCUCCAAGAUUGAGGAAUCAGUACGCUCUAUGGUAAUGCGUUAUGGGAGCCGUUUGUGGAAACUGCGUGUCCUUCAAGCCGAGCUCAAGAUCAACAUUCGUCUUACAACGACCGGGAACGCCGUUCCCAUCCGUCUGUUUUUGACGAACGAGUCUGGAUACUACCUAGACAUCAGCCUCUACAAGGAGGUCACAGAACCUGGAUCUGGACAGAUCAUGUUCCAGUCAUAUGGAGAUAAACAGGGCCCUCUGCACGGCAUGCUAAUAAACACUCCCUACGUGACCAAAGACCAGCUGCAGGCAAAACGCUUCCAGGCCCAAAGUUUGGGCACCACCUAUGUCUACGACUUCCCAGAGAUGUUCCGCCAGGCUCUGUUUAAGUUAUGGGGACCGGGAGACAGCUACCCUAAAGAUAUUUUAAUGUGCACAGAGCUUGUGCUGGAUUCUCAGGGCAUGCUGGUACAGAUGAAUCGGUUGCCUGGAGACAAUGAGGUGGGAAUGGUCGCCUUUAGAAUGAAGAUGAAGACGCCAGAGUAUCCAGAGGGGCGGGAAAUUAUCGUCAUUUGCAACGACAUCACCUAUAAGAUUGGGUCAUUUGGACCUGAGGAGGAUCAGCUGUUUCUUCGAGCAUCUGAGCUGGCCAGAGCAGAGGGAAUUCCUCGUGUCUACGUCGCGGCCAAUAGUGGAGCCCGUAUCGGCCUGGCCGAGGAGAUCCGUCACAUGUUCCAAGUGGCCUGGAUUGAUCCUGAUGACCCCUAUAAGGGUUUUAAGUACCUGUACCUAACACCACAGGACUACACCCGCAUUAGCGCCACUAACUCUGUCCACUGUCAUCAUGUGGAGGAAGGUGGAGAGUCCAGGUACAUCAUCACUGACAUCAUCGGAAAGGACGAGGGGCUUGGGGUCGAGAACUUGAGAGGAUCAGGCACCAUUGCUGGGGAGUCCUCGCAAGCCUAUGAAGAGAUUAUAACCAUUAGCAUGGUAACGUGUCGUGCCAUAGGAAUCGGGGCUUACCUGGUGCGUCUGGGACAGAGGGUGAUUCAGGUGGAGAACUCCCACAUCAUCCUGACCGGCGCCGGAGCCCUCAACAAGGUGCUGGGUCGUGAGGUCUACACCUCAAACAAUCAGUUAGGCGGAGUACAGAUCAUGCACAACAAUGGAGUCACGCACACCACUGUUCCCGACGACUUUGAGGGGGUGUUCACCAUCUUGCAGUGGCUCUCCUACAUGCCAAAGAACAAGCACAGUCCAGCUCCAAUUAUCGCCCCUACGGAUCCAGUGGAGAGGGAAAUCGAGUUUAUCCCUACUAAAGCACCCUAUGACCCCCGCUGGCUACUCUGUGGAAGGCCACACCCUGCUGUGAAGGGAGCUUGGCAAAGUGGCUUUUUCGAUCAUGGGACGUUCAUGGAGAUCAUGAGUACGUGGGCUCAGACGGUAGUGGUCGGAAGAGCAAGGUUAGGAGGGAUUCCCCUCGGUGUCAUUGCCGUGGAAACGCGUACUGUUGAGGUGGUCAUCCCAGCAGAUCCAGCUAAUUUGGACUCAGAGGCCAAACUCAUACAGCAAGCAGGCCAGGUGUGGUUCCCAGACUCAGCAUUCAAAACGGCCCAGGCCAUCCGAGACUUCAACCGGGAGAAGCUUCCGCUGAUGGUGUUUGCCAACUGGAGAGGUUUCUCUGGGGGAAUGAAAGACAUGUAUGAUCAGGUGUUGAAGUUUGGGGCCUACAUUGUGGAUGGUCUGAGGGAGUUUCGGCAACCAGUGUUGGUCUACAUCCCACCACACGCUGAGCUGAGAGGGGGAUCAUGGGUAGUGAUCGACCCCACCAUCAACCCAGUCUACAUGGAGCUUUAUGCAGACAAGGAGAGCAGGGGUGGUGUAUUGGAAGCAGAGGGCACAGUUGAGAUUAAAUUCCGUCGUAAAGAUCUGUUGAAGACCAUGCGCCGGACUGACCCUGUAUAUGCCAGUUUGGCCGAGCAGCUUGGCACUCCAGAACUGUCAGGGGAAGAACGCACAAACCUGGAAGCCAAACUGAAGGCUAGGGAGGAGUUCCUCCUCCCCAUCUACCACCAGGUGGCAGUACAGUUUGUGGACCUCCAUGACACACCGGGGAGAAUGCAAGAGAAGGGCGUCAUCACGGACAUCUUGGACUGGAAGGAUGCUAGGACUUUCUUCUACUGGCGUCUGCGGCGCCUCCUGCUGGAGGAGGUGGUGAAGAACGAGAUACUGCAGGCCAACAGAGACUUGAGCAAUGGACACAUACAAUCCAUGCUGCGUCGCUGGUUCGUUGAAACGGAAGGAACUGUGAAAGCGUACCUGUGGGAUAACAAUAAAGUAGUGGUUGAAUGGCUGGAGAGACACCUGUCUACGGAGGAUGGCACACGGUCUGCAAUACGCGAGAACAUCAAAUACCUUAAGAGGGACUACGCCCUGAAACACAUUCGCAGUCUAGUCCAGGCUAAUCCGGAAGUAGCCAUGGAUUGUAUAAUCCACAUGAGCCAGAUUAUCAGUACAUCGCAGAGAGCCAAGAUUUCCCACCUGUUGGCCACCAUGGAUGGACCCACUCCAAACUGAACUCAAGG